GAGAGAGAGAGAGAGAGAUGGCUGUCCAACUGAACCACUUAUCCACAUUGAACUCGAACAAGCAUGAGAAGCAACCAAAGCCACCCCUUCCCACCACCCGAAGAAGGGCGGCGGCGACACUUCAAGUCCGCGCAGUAUAUUCCAGCAAUGGUCGGCAGCUCAUACAGUCCGGCGCCGUCCGGCCCAUACAGCCAAAGGACGCAGCGACGGCAAUUGUAUCCGAGGGCUUCACACUCCUGGACAUCAGACCCGCGUGGGAGAGAGAGAAGGCGCGCGUGACGGGGUCUCUCCACGUCCCACUGUUCGUCGAGGACAAGGACAACAGCCCCGUUACGCUUCUGAAGAAGUGGGUGCAUUUUGGCUACAUUGGCCUCUGGACUGGCCAAUAUUUCACCACCUUGAAUCCUGAUUUUCUAUUGCAAGUUCAGAAAGCUGUUCCUGAUAAGGACUCCAAACUCCUUGUAGCUUGUGGUGAGGGUUUAAGGUCGAUGAUGGCGGCUACAAAGUUAUUUGGAGGAGGAUACAAGAACUUGGGGUGGUUGGCUGGGGGAUUUAAUCGAGCGGGGGAUGAUGAUUUCCCAGCCGUCGAAGGAACUGAAAAGUUACAGUAUGCAACAAUAGGGGGUGCAUCAUAUUAUUUCCUUCAAUUGCUCAUUUUCUUGGAAGCUGGGGGCAAGAGUAAUUGACCUUUUGAGUUUUGAUGAUGCUGUAUAUUUGGGUUCAACUUUUGUUAUAUUAAAGCAGUUGCAGGUGAUUAUAUUA